AUGACGCAGGAGACAAUGAAGACAGUCGGUUACUUAAAGGAGCUGAACAGUCUGACAUUUAUCCGCCAACUUGCUACAAGGCUUCCAUCAUUCUACUGCAACAGGUGGAGGGAGAGCGCAAGAAAGAUCGAAGACCAGAAGAAGGAUUACACAUUCGACGACCUGGUCGAGUUUGUCCAGGGGCCACAUGGUGAGGGAAUGCAGAGGAAGGCAGCGAUGCAAAACAUGCAGCAGCGAUGUAAACCACACGCUACAGUUCUGCACGACGAAAGCAGCAACGCAUCUGUUGAGAAGAGUGGUGAACCACCAACCCAGGAAAGAGGUGAAUCAGCCAUAAGCAACUGUAUAAAGGCGAAACAGCCAAGCCGAAGAAACGCAGCCACCUAUUCUCUCAUCGUGCCGGUAUGGCUAAAGCAUCAAGACAAUCCCCAAAGGAAGAUUGAAGUCUACGCUAUCCUCGACGACCAGAGCGACGUCUGUUUUAUCACCGACAGGGUUCGAAAGGACCUUGGUUUAAAGGGCAAGGAAGUACAGCUUGAGCUGAGCACUAUGUGCAGCGUCGAAAUCAUCGACACUCUGAGAAUCGAUGGAAUGGAAGUUAUGCGGAACGAUGAGAAAGUCGAGAUCUCCCUUCCAAAAACGUACUCAAGAGAGGUGAUACCAGCCAAGAGAGAGCAAAUACCGACUCCAGAAGUCGCGUUACGCUGGAAGCAUCUUCAAAGAAUAGCUGACAAAAUUCAGCCCUACCGGGAAGACCUGCCUAUAGGAAUCCUGAUCGGCAAUAGCUGUGUCCGAGCAAUAAAGCCAAGAGACGUAAUCCCAGGCAAAUCCAACGACCCUUACGCCAUCAGAACGACCCUAGGGUGGGGAAUAAUAGGGCCAGCAAGCCCUGAAGGAACUCACGAAGGAAAGGUACUCGAGUCAGCAGCAUGCCAUCGGAUCACCUCCACGGAAAUAACUUCAAAGACGGCGCCCGCCAACAAGCUCGUGCAUGUCAAACAGCACAAGAAAGUGAUGAAACCUGAGGCGAUUAGAACAUUGCUCGAGCAAGACUUCAAAGAUGGACAGAUAAACACCAAACCCUUGUCGCAGGAAGAUCUACGAUUCUUAAGGACCAUGAAGGAGGGCAUUCAUCUCACUGAAGACCAGCACUACGAAAUGCCACUCCCACUACGUGAAGGAAACAUCGAUCUCCCAUUUAACCGCAAGCAGGUAGAGAACCGAUUGCAACAGCUAAGAAAGAGAUUGGAGAGAGACUCGAAGUACAAAGAAGACUACACUAAGUUCAUGGAAGACAUGAUUACAAAUGGAUAUGCUGAGAAAGCACCCCAAACUACCACUGCGAAAUGGUACAUUCCUCACCACGGCGUAUACAAUCCACGAAAGCCAGGGAAGAUAAGAGUGGUGUUUGACUGUUCAGCAGAGUUUAAUGGCCACUCAUUAAACAGCCACCUGAUGCAAGGACCCGACCUUACAAAUUCCUUAAUUGGUGUACUCUGCCGCUUCCGUCAAGAACGUACCGCUAUAGCCUGUGACAUAGAGGGGAUGUUCCACCAGGUGAGAGUGAACUCAGAACACCGAGACUUCCUACGCUUUCUAUGGUGGGAGAAGGGCGACACUUCUCAAGAACCACAAGAGUUUAGAAUGAGAGUUCACCUAUUUGGCGCAACGUCCUCCCCUGGAUGCGCAAACCUUGCAUUGAAGACCACAGCCGACGACAAUGAAGCUGAACUCGGACAGGAACCAUCGAACUUCCUACGCAAGAACUUUUACGUCGAUGACGGCCUCAAAUCUGUCAACUCAGAGGAUCAUGCCAUAAAGCUGAUUGAGACUACCAAGCAACUAUGUAAAAGAGGAGGUUUUCGGCUCCACAAGUUCACAUCUAACUCAAAGACAGUAAUUGAAACCAUAGCCGAAGAGGACCGUGCCAAGGGGAUAAAGAACAUUGACCUCGACAAACAACCUCUUCCCCUAGAACGUGUACUAGGAGUCGAGUGGUGCACAGAAAGCGACAACUUGAAGUUCAGAAUAACACUCAAAGACAAACCUCUGACAAGGCGGGGAGUGUUAGCGACAAUAAGCUCCAUCUACGAUCCCUUAGGGCUCGCUGCGCCCUUCCUUCUCAAAGGCAAGAGGAUACUUCAACGCUUGUGCAAAGAGAAUGUCGAGUGGGAUGAUCCGAUACCGCAAGACCUUAGGGCGCAGUGGGAGAAAUGGAGAGGUGAACUACAUCUCCUAGAAGAGCUGUCAGUUCCCCGCUGCUUCCUAACAGCGGACUUUGGUGAGCUAAAGAAUGUGGAACUUCAUCACUUCUCAGAUGCAUCAAAUGAAGGCUACGGACAGUGCUCGUACCUCCGCCUCGUAGACGAACACGAUAAGAUCAACUGCAGCCUCGUCAUGGGAAAGGCACGCGUUGCGCCACUAAAGCCAUUUACAAUCCCAAGACUAGAGUUGACGGCAGCCUUAGUCUCAGUUAAAACAAGUGAACUCUUGGCGCAAGAGCUUGAAUACCCGUCACCCGAAGAAACCUUCUGGACCGACAGUAUGGUCGUAAAGGCAUAUAUCCAGAACGACGCAAGACGCUUUCACACCAUCGUCGCUAACAGAGUGCAACAAAUACGAAACAGCACCGAUCCGAACCAAUGGAACUUACAAGAACUGGCUCAGGAACACGCAACAUUGGAACCGGACGACAAAGAAGUGAAAAGGGUAUACACCCUAACGACUGCAACAACCCCAACCCAAAAAUGGCCAACCCUAGCGGAAAGAAUCAGUAUCUUCUCGGACUGGUUCCAAGCAGUACGAGCCAUUGCCAACUGCCUUCGAUACUUGGCAAUCCUCCGAGACAAUGUUAAGCUAAAGAAAUCCACAGAGUCCUCAGAUCAGAACCCGCUCAACGCGAACAAGCCUAUGACGACAGAAGAGCUGAAGAAUGCAGAAGUCAAGAUUAUAAAGGAAGCUCAGAAGGUGGCCUUCACUGAAGAUGUAAGGACCCUAAGCUUUAACAAAGAAACAACGAAAUCCAGUCAGCUCCGUCGCCUUGACCCCUUCCUCGACCACGACGGCGUCCUACGGGUUGGAGGUAGGCUAAAACACUCGCCUAUGCCCGAAGAGAUCAAACAUCCCGCUAUCCUACCUCGCAAGGGUCAAGUAACAGAAAUGCUGCUGAGACACCUACACAACAAGAGCGACCACCAGGGAAGAGGCGUAACCGUCAACGAAGUCCGCUCGUCGGGAUUCUGGAUCAUUGGAUGCACCUCAGCCGUGAGUGAGCUCCUAAUCAAGUGUACCAUAUGCUGA